AUUACAAUCAGAGGAAGAAUAGCACGAGUCUUCACAGAAUGCGGGCUGAGCACAGGAAACGAGAGCAUUUGUGCACAGACUGCCAGAAAGAAAAUCAUGAACAAACAAAGGGCUGUCCGUGAUUACGCUCUGCUUUGUCUUUUGGCGCUCAUCUUUCCCGGCUCCAGCAGAGUUUGGGUACUUCAGAACACCUCCCAGGAUCUCUAUCAAGUGGGGGAUACAGCAGUUAUACAGUGCAAAGUAGAUUCUGAUCAGGAGAAAGUUGGCAAGUGCACAUUCAAGUGGACUAUUCCAGACCCAAAAGAAGACGGCACAAGUGAUAUACUGUAUGCUGAGAAAUAUGAUCAGCGUGUCAGACUGCAAUCAUUUAAUGACACAAUCACAACACUGACUCUGAGAAACCUGUCCAUCAAUGACAAUGACAAUAUCAAAUGUACUGCGUUUUGCUAUGUGGACGAAACUUUUACUGCCAUACGUGGUGAAGGAACUUCUCUUCAAAUUUCAGACAAAAAACUUGGAUGGGAUAUGACAGAAAACACACAGACAGUGAGCACUGAAAUGAUAACAGCUGGAUCUGACGAAUCGCAGUCAUCUCUGUCGUGGAUCAACAUUCUGCUCAUCAGUAUAAAUAUCGUGGUGUUUCUUGUAAUCACUUUCAUCUGUAUUUCUCUAGUAAAAUUCAAAACGAAAUGGAUGGACUAAUUUUGCAAGCCUCUGAUGCUUAGCAUUACAUAAUAGUGUACUUAAUGUUAAUGUUGUCUUGUGGCUUUGAACACACACACACACACACACACAAUAUAUGUAUGCAUGUGCAGAGCAUUGAACCACUUCCUUUUUCAAAUAAAGGCCUGUGACAGACAAAAAAGGAGUGUAUUUUUUUUGUAAGCCAUUAUGUAAUAUUCUGUAAAUCUGACUGCUUUAUUUUUGUAUAUAAUAUAAAAUCAUAUCAUAAGCAGCAUAUACAAAUGUGGAUAAAUCCACUUUUUCACUAGACUUGUUUGUUGUCUGAGAAGCAAAAAACAAUCUUAAGAAAAAACACCAGCGUAGUUUUUGGAGUAAACUCCUGUGUUUAGCACUUGUGUCAAGGAAUAUUUUAAAAGAAACUCAAUCUGAUUUUGCCCCCUUUGUAUAGAUUUAUGUCCAAACCAUAUGCAAACUGAGUAACUGAUGUGUAACUCUUGUUUUCUUAGUGUGUGAUACGGAGUUCAUGGGUUUAAGUUGAAUUGCUAAAAUACAAUUUCAAAUUAAAUUGUUUAAAUGUGAAGAAAGCUCUACUCAGUGU